UAAUAAGUAUUCGAGUGUAACGAACCUGAUCCAACCUUAUUCCCAAUAAUUAGAUUUAUACUUGCAUAUGGUAUAAUACGAGUGUGUAUAAUCGAGCGGUGCACAAUCUAGAAAACCGAAUGGUUCAGUUCGGAAGCCAAUACACUCAGUAGUACAUAUAUGCACAAGGCUCUUAUCGGUUGUUGUCGUUUGUAAAAUAUUAAAUGCAACAUCUACAUACUAUAGGGUUAUGUAAACGUAAUCCAAGGGGGCAUUCGACGUUGGUAUAAAGAGCUGCGCGUCAGUUCAGAGCCACAUUUGAAUAUCAUCCAUUGUCAGUCCAGCAUUCAGCUCUUCAGAUGACCAGCAAUCUCACUCUCGCACUGUUGCAAUUGCCCGUGGGCGCUGAUGUGUCAUUGAACGUACGUCGAGCGGUGGAGGGCAUUAGACAGCUGAAGGCGGAAAAUCCGGAGCUGCAGCUGGCCAUCCUGCCGGAGAGUUUCAACGCGCCGUACGGGGUGGAGUACUUUGCCAAAUACGCCGAGUCGGUACCAGAUGGGGCCACAUGCCGAGCGCUGUCGCGCCUCGCCAUGCAGUUGGGUCUCUACAUAAUUGGGGGCAGCAUCGUGGAGCGCGAUGCAGGAAAACUGUACAAUACCUGCACCGUGUGGGCGCCCAACGGCAGCCUCAUCGGCAGGCACCGCAAGAUUCAUCUGUUCACCAUGAACAUUGAGGCCGCUCACGGUGGAGGCGUGCAGUUCGAUGAAGGGGCUGUCUUAACGGCUGGCUCAGAGCUGACGGUAGUGAAGAUUGGCCAGCACAAGGUCGGCAUUGGGAUUUGCCACGACAAACGCUUCGAGGAACUGGCUCGGAUCUACCGCAAUUUGGGUUGCUCUAUGCUGGUCUAUCCAUCCGCCUUCUGCAUAUGCCAGGGACCCAUGCAUUGGGAGCUUCUGCAGCGCGCCAGGGCCACGGACAAUCAUUGUUCAUUGUUCAAUUCAUUGUUGAGCGAAUCGACUUUGACAUGGUUGAGCAAGUGCGUCGCCAGAUUACCAUUCACCAGCAGCGCCGAACUGAUGUGUACGCUAAGGCCAGAGCGGACUCUUAAAGCUGGACUACACAACGAAUUUCAAUUAAAUAAAGAACAAUUAAUAGCAGCGGGAGAGCUGUUCACUGAUAUGACUUGGCUUGCUUAUCGCCACAUGGUCGCACAAAAUUUUGAAAACAAAUCGGAACGCUAUAUUACAGUAUUUAAUACCGACUUUAAGAUACCCGCUAUUCAGACUCAUGUUGUAUUAUCUGUAUAUAUUUUCUUGGGUACUCGCGUAUACAAAAUACCCUUGGUACCGGGCACUCAGAGAAAUGUCUCGACGCUUUAGUCUGAGUAAUGGCAAGGGACGUAGAUGAGUGGUAUCAAUGCCAGUGGCUCGGAUGGGCUUCAGUCCAGAGCUCGAUCUCAGUG